AUGAAAUCGGAGAUUGCUAAUAAGUUGAAGUCCAAUCCUCAACUCAAGCCUAAAGAGAUUGUGUCUCGUUUCAAGCAUUCUUUUGGUUUAGAUGUGUCUUAUAGGAGUGCUUGGUAUGGGAAGGAGUUGGCUAGAAAAGCUGUCCAUGGUCAUGAUGGUGACUCAUAUUCUCAGCUACUUUGGUAUCAUGAUGCUAUUUUAUCUAGUAAUUUAGGCUCUUAUUGCAUAUUGGAAACUGAUCCUUUAAGUAAUCGUUUCAAAAAUUUCUUCAUUUGUUUUUUUGGUUGCAUUGAGGGCUUUAAGUCAUGCAUUCCGCUUCUGUUCUUCGCUGCUGCUCAUUUGAAGAGUAAGUAUAAGGGAUACAUGCUCUGUGCUACUAGAAAGAAUGGAAACCAAGAUUCUGAAAAUCAUGCGAAUUGGGAUUGGUUUUUUGAUCAUCUAUAUAACAUCUUGUCUCUGCAAGGAAGAAAUGUGACUUUUGUUACUGAUCGACACAGCGAACUGUUGAAUGCUGUUGUCAGGAUUAUGGAGGAAUUUAUGAAAGUUGCUUAUUCACCUACAUUAGCAAGCUAUAACUUCAACUUGCACAACUUGAAGAAAGAAGGUGGUCCGCCUAUUGAAGAGUUUCUGCGAUCUUUGUUGUUGGAAAAGUGGUGCAAUGUAUUUUUCAAAGGAUACAGGUAUGGUGAAAUGGUAAAUAGUGUUGCCGAGUCAUUUAACAAUUGGACUAGAGAUUUGCGUGAGCUUCCUAUAUUUGAGAUGUUUGAAGGCUUAAGGGUUAAGGUUAUGGAGAAUAUGUCAGAGAGGAAGGUUGCAUGCAAGAGGUGGACCACUAUUUUGUGUCCUCCAAUGGAGGCUUUGUUGAAGAAAUCAAUGGAUAUUGGGCGGUAUUGGGCUGUUGGAGUGAAACCUGUGUAUAGUUACAUUGAGCCAUUGUACACCUGUCAAAGCUACAUGGAUUCCUACACAUAUGGUAUUCAUCCUAUACCAAAUAUGGAGAAGUUUUAUGAAGAUGCAGCUAGUUCAACUUCUGUUGUUAAGCCUCCAUUGGUUAGGAGGCCAUUCGGCCAGCCAAAAUCUGUUCGAAUGAAGUCUGCAACAGAAGGAGGCACAAGGAGGCGUAUCAAGUGUGGCCGGUGUGGUGAGUUGGGGAGCCACAACAAGAUAGCGUGUACUGCGCCAAUUUGA